AUGAUUUUUUUUGAAAUUUUUAAACUUUAAUUGUUAGUUUUCCGCGUCUUUUUUUAAACCUUUUUGAUACAUAUUUGGAUGCAACCUAAUGAGAAUUAUAGUUUUGAUUGAUAUUGAUUGUUUUUACGUGCAGGUUGAAAGGUUAUUAAAUCUAAAUUUAGUAAAUAAGCCAUGUGCAGUAGUACAAUAUAAUCCAUGGAAAGGUGGUGGCAUCAUUGCACUUUCAUAUGAAGCAAAAAAUGCUGGUGUUACUAGAGGCAUGAGAGGUGAGGAUGCUAAGGAAAAGUGUCCUGAUAUAGAAUUAAUCACUGUACCAGAAUCAAGAGGCAAAGCCAACUUAUCUAAAUAUCGGGAUGAAAGUGUGAAGAUUCUGGAUGUUAUUAAAGAGCAUUGUGUUGAUAUUGAAAGAGCAAGCAUUGAUGAAGCUUAUUUAGAUAUAACCAAAAUUGUAGAGACUAGAGUUAAUAAAUAUAGGACUAUAAUUAUGAACACUAAAAUACUAAAUGAUAAAUUAUUAAACUCAUUAUUUACUCCAGAUGAUAUUGCAUUAAUAUCAGAAGAUACUUGUAUUGCGCCUUUGAAAUCAGUGUCUAACUUUGCUGACAUAAAAACAUACAUUGAUAAGCAACCAGAUAAAAUUAUAGAAUAUCUAUCACUUGUUUAUGGAGCAAUUUUAACAAAGCAAAUUCGAAACUCUAUAUUAUCUAAAUGUGGUUUCGAAUGUUCUGCAGGUAUAUCUCAAAACAAGAUUUUAGCAAAAUUAGGAUGUGGGUUGAAUAAGCCUAAUAAGCAAACUAUCGUUGCACCAGAUGCUAUUGAAGAAUUAUACAAAACUGUUCCACUUAAAAAGAUAAGUGGAUUAGGUGGCAAAUUGGGAAAUUCACUGCAAAGCAAAUAUGAUAUUACCUAUAUGUACGAAUUGACUAAAAUACCUUUGGCAAGAUUAAAAGAAGAUUUUGGUAAUAAAUGUGCAGAAUGGUUGCAUGAUUUAUCCAAAGGAAUUGAAAAUGAACCCAUUAAAAAUAGAUUAAUUCCUAAAUCCAUUGGAUGCGGUAAAAAUUUUCCUGGAGGUCUAGUCAAAAGAGAUAAGAUAUAUCAUUGGAUGUUACAACUAGUUGAUGAAUUGUUAGAGAGACUUGGUAAAGACAAAAUCGAGAAUCAAAGAUCUCCAAAAACUUUGCACCUAUCUUUGGGCCAAAAUAUUCACGACACUAGUCGAGUGUCUCAUCAAAUACCGUUUCCUUCUAAUUACAAGAACACCGAAGAAUUCGCUCAAAUUUGUCUUAGCAACCUUAAAAAAUUUAACGAAAACAAAUCUGGAGAUAAAUGGGGCCCACCCAUAACUAAUAUCACAAUAUCCGCCAACAACUUUGUUCCGGCGCAUCCUAAAAAUGGUAGGAAUAGCAAUAUCAACACUUUCGUUACCGCACCAACAUCUCCAUCACGCAAAAAAUCUCCCAGAGCUGGUGCCCAUGUUUCGCCCAUACCCCCCUCUACGUCUAUUAAUACGAUUACGGAAUCGUCCGCUUCGCCUUCCAAACUUGCUAAAACUGUGGAUAAUAAAAAUAGUAAAGCGGAAUCAGAUUUACUUGGCCAAAAUGUAUCGCCCACUUCGUGGCAGGAAAUGGAUAAAGAAGUUUUCGAAUCGUUACCGGAAAGCAUAAAAUGGGAAAUUCGGGACAAUCUAGACUACAAAGAGAUGGCCGCUAAGAAAAAAAUCAAGCAACGUGAGUUAGUUGACAGAGAGAAAAGGGGGAAAAAUUUGUAUGACGAUUCCCCGGCCACCAAUCUACGCACCAGGAAAAGUGGUCAAACGCUUAAAAAUAACAAGAACACUGUUAAGCACAAAGUUAAGAAUGCUGCGGGCGUUGCUAAUAAGAGUAAAAAACGAAUCAAGAUUGGCGAACGUAAAGCGGACAUUACCAAAUUUUUUAACCUUCCUCCUCAGAGCGAUUGAAUUGUAGGAGGGAGUUGGUUUUUCCAACAACGAAAUCAUGUCCUUAGUAUUUUUUUUAAGAGAAAAGUUAUUCGAUUACCUAUUACUAUUUAUUGUAUACUCUACUUCUUAAUUUAUAUUUAUCAUGCAUAAUA